GAAAUGGCUGUCAGCCGCCAAGGUCUCAACAGGGCUUUGCGCACCUCUUCCUGCCCAGCUUGGAAACGAACUCAGUCGGGAACCGGGGGACGCUUGAAGCCCGCGUACGAUGCGGUGGUGAUAGGAGCAGAGUGACCAGGGGGACUAAAACUCAGGAGCUUCCCCGUAUCUCCUGCGAAAUGGGUGAAUUCCCUCAGCGAACUCCGUUGAGUUUCCUCAGAAAGCAUAUGGUACUUAAGGGUUACGAAGAAAGAACCUGGACUGCAGGCAAAAGAAAUCCAGCCGCUCUCAGCCCUGAGUUCUGGUACCCACCUCACGGCUGAGGUCAUCCAAAGAGGAAAGAGCUGAUUCCUAAAGAGAAGAGGGUGGAUUUGGGGAGGGGGGUCCCAGACUCCCUGUUGUACAUCCACAGAUGGUGCUCUCCCCUAAUGCCUUCCCUUAGAGGUUACACCUGUUACCCAGGUGGUCUGGCAACAUUUUGCUGAUUUGGCUCAGAGCACUGACCUGCUCGGUAACCCAGUGAGGCACUGCCUAGUGCCAGGCUGCAUUCCACCCCAGGGUCUUCCUUCCACACUCCUGGGGCCUGAAGGCAUUUCUUGGUGGCUGGGCUCUAUGAUGAUAGCAGGUUCACAUUUUCUGGGUUUCUCACACUGCUGUAAAUGCUGGCCUGGUUUGACUUCUUUGUGUGCACACAUGAAUGUUUAUUAUACACAGACUUGUGUUAAUUAUCGAUACUAAAAUAAAGAUAUGUCUCACACAAUUUUAAAAAUCACAUAGACAGGGCUCUUGAUUUAGAGGCCAUGUUUCUCAGUAGAAAACACAUCAACCCAGCACCCAACUCAGUGACUCUGGAAAAGGGCAGCAGCAAGGCCCGAGCUCAGCGAGCUCCACUCAAGGGCCAUCAGCUGUUGAGUGGGCGUCCCUCGAGGCCUGGGGAUGAGCAAUCCUGCAGCAGGAGGACACCGGUCACUAGACAAGAGAGUCAGCCCGGACUUGGAGGGCACAAUGGGCUGGUGGCUGCUGCAUACCUCCAGAGAUUUGGGGUGAACACUGUGGUCUUUGAGAGGCGCCAUGUGAUUGGGGGUGCAGCUGUCACUGAGGAGAUCAUUCCAGGAUUCAAGUUCUCCCGAGCAUCCUAUCUCCUCAGCCUCCUGAGGCCACAGAUUUACACAGACCUGGAACUGAAGAAGCAUGGGCUAAGGCUUCACUUCCGAAAUCCCUACUCCUUCACCCCCAUGCUGGAAGAGGGUGCACUGAGCAAGGCUCCUAGGUCCCUGCUGCUAGGCACAGACAUGGCUGGAAACCAGAAGCAAAUCUCUCAGUUCUCACAGAAGGAUGCCCAGGCCUUUCCCAGGUACGAGGAGUUCAUGAAACGCUUGGUGCUGGCCAUCGACCCCCUGCUGGAUGCGAUCCCAGUGGACACAGCAGCCUUCCAGCAUGGCUCCCUGCUACAGAGACUCAGGGCGCUGUCCACCCUGAGGCCCCUGCUGAAGGCAGGGCGCACCCUGGGAGCCCAGCUCCCCCAGUACUACCAGGUCCUCACAGCCCCCAUUUCCAAGGUGCUGGACCUCUGGUUUGAGUCUGAGCCUCUAAAGGCUACGCUGGCAACAGAUGCUGUGAUUGGAGCCAUGACAAGUCCCCACACUCCAGGGAGUGGGUAUGUGCUGCUGCAUCACGUGAUGGGUAGCCUGGAGGGGACGCAGGGCGCCUGGGGCUAUGUCCAGGGUGGCAUGGGUGCCCUCUCAGAUGCCAUUGCAAGUUCAGCUACUGCGCAUGGAGCGAGUAUCUUCACGGAAAAGACUGUGGCUAAGGUACAGGUGAACAGUGAAGGCCAGGUUCAAGGAGUCGUACUGCAGGAUGGCCAGGAGGUCAGGAGCAGAGUCGUCUUAUCCUGCGCGCCACCACAGAUCACCUUCUUGGAGCUGACGCCACAGGAGUGGCUUCCCAAGGCCUUUGUGAAGAGGAUCUCCCAGCUGGACACACAGUCUCCGGUUACCAAGAUCAAAGUGGCUGUGGACAGGUUGCCAAACUUCCGUGCGGCCCCCAAUGUCCCCAGGGACCAGAUACAGCCACAUCAUCAGUGUUCCAUCCACCUGAACUGUGAAGACACCCUGCUCCUCCACCAGGCCUUUGAAGAUGCCAAGGGUGGCCUGCCUUCCCAAAGGCCUAUGAUUGAACUCUGCAUCCCUUCCUCACUGGACCCCACCCUGGCUCCGCCCGGCUGCCAUGUGGUCUCCCUCUUUACUCAAUACACACCCUACACCUUGGCAGGAGGCAAGACCUGGGAUGAGCAGGAGAAAAACACCUAUGCAGACAAAGUGUUUGACUGCAUUGAGGCCUAUGCCCCCGGCUUCAAGAGUUCUGUGUUGGCCAGAGAUAUCCUCACCCCACCGGAUCUAGAGAGAAUCUUUGGGCUUCCUGGAGGGAACAUAUUUCAUGGCGCCAUGUCCCUGGACCAGCUCUACUUUGCCCGUCCAGUGCCCCAACACUCUGGCUACAGAUGUCCUGUUCAGGGCCUGUACCUCUGUGGAAGUGGGGCCCACCCUGGAGGAGGCGUCAUGGGAGCAGCUGGACGGAAUGCAGCCCACACGGUCUUUAGGGACCUCAAGGGCCUGUGAUGCGGGACCAGCUCUGACCGGGGGAGAAGAGUUUGCCCUGCACUGUUGAGCCGCCUACCAGGCCACCUGCCCGAGAUGCUGCUCAGAAGGAUGCCACGGGAGGCGACUGUGUUAACAAGGCGCCAUCGUAUGAAUCGGGGCCCGAGUCACAUUGAGCAGUUUCGCCUGUACUAUCUGAGUGUGUCUUCUUAAACACAAUGUUUUGUACAGA